CACAAUGUUUGCACGAGGACUGAAGAGGAAAUGUGUUGACCAGGAGGAAGAUGAGGAGGGUACCCUGGCCAGCUUUAGCACCAUCCCUUCCUAUAGCCUGCAGCAGCAGUUGCUCCUGGACAUGUCUUUAGUCAAGCUCCAGCUCUGCCACAUGCUGGUGGAGCCCAACCUCUGUCACUCAGUCCACAUUGCCAACACCAUCUGGCAGGUCCAGGAGGAGAUGACCCAGGAUGAUGUGGGGCAUGGGGCAGCACCCCAGAGCACUGGGCGGGCCCCACUUGACUGCCUGGUGUCCACAGAGAUCCUGUGUUGCAUAGUGAGUGGACCGGAAGCUGGGGUCCCUGCUUCUGACCUACGGGAUGGCCCCCUGCCAGGCCUACCCCUAUACUUUGUACAACGAGCCCACUCAGCAGAGGAGCCCAGGAGCCCUCAGAGCAGCCUUUCGGAAAUGGACAGUCCUCAAGAAAACAGGGGGAGCUUCCACAAGUCGCUGGAUCACAUAUUUGAGGCUCUGGAGCAUAAGAGCUCCAGUUCCAUGGAGGACCUGUUCUCAGACACGGACAGUUCUUACUAUGACCUGUACACUGUGCUGACCGGAAUGAUAACCAGUGCCAAGCCAGGCCUCUGUGAUGAGCUGGAGGGCUUUGCUGCACCUGCCCCACCUCCUGCCUCCAGCUGGCAAGUCUGA